GUCUCUCAAUUUACCUCAACAUCGAAGUUCCGGAUCUUCCGUCACACGUUGCUCAAUAUUCUCUGAACAUCAAACGCCUCAUAAGGUGUUCUGUGCUGCAAGUUUAACAGGUUUUCAUCCAGUUAUUGUAUGAGUCAGAAAACAGAAAAGCCAGUACUGUCAGGUCAGCGCAUCAAGACCAGAAAAAGAGAUGAAAAAGAGAAGUAUGACCCUGCAGGGUUUAGAGACGCUGUGCUGCAGGGUCUUAACAAGGCUGGAACUGACUUAGACGCUGUUUCAAAAUUUCUGGACACAGCUGGCUCAAAACUGGAUUACCGGCGCUAUGGUGAAGCACUUUUUGACAUCCUUAUAGCAGGUGGUUUACUUGUUCCAGGUGGUUCAAUAGCUCAGGAUGGGGACAAACCAUGCAAAACCAAUGCCUGUGUGUUUGAGGCACCUGAAGAUAUGGACUCGAUGCACAAUUAUGAACAGGUGUUCAUCAAACUUAUGCGCCGAUACAAAUACCUUGAGAAGAUGUUUGAGGAUGAGAUGAAGAAAAUCCUGAUCUUCAUUAAAGGUUUCACUGAGUUAGAACGUAUUAAGUUGGCUCGUAUGACAUCACUGUGGAUCUCCAAUGGCUCGGUGCCACCAACUGUGCUGCUUGUACUUAUUAAUGAACACCUUGUGAAAGACAGCUUGGCUUUGGAGUUCUUGAUGGAAGUGUUUGUCACUUGGAAGCAGGAGAAAGGCCUCGCAAGCCUCAUGACUGCUCUAAAAAGGGGUGGCAUUGAGAGCAGACUGAUGGAGUUUGUUCCUCUAAACAAACGGACUGAGGAACAUUUCCGGGCUGCAUUUGAGGAAAAGGGAUUGGCUGAUAUUGUUAAACUGCACAAGGCACAGGCAAACCAAGAGGCAAAGCGCGACCUGCAACUUCAGUUGGAGGAGCAGCUCUCUGAAAGUCGUGCUAUCAAAGACAUUGUGUCUGAAGUGAAGGAAGUUGCUGGGAAGAACAGUAUUGCAGAACAUGAAGUCAUUUAUCUGGUUUGGUCAACUGUGAUGUCUCAGGUUGAAUGGAAUAAGAAGGAAGAACUAGUGGCUGAACAGGCGUUGAAACAUUUGAAGCAGUACACUCCACUGUUUGAGGCAUUCACCACGACGGCCCGCUCAGAGCUGGCACUCAUGCUCAAGAUCCAGGAGUUCUGCUAUGGCAACAUGAACUUCAUGAAAGUGUUUCACAAGAUCAUCUUGCUUUUCUACAAGACUGAUGUGCUGUCAGAGGAGGUGAUUAUGAAGUGGUACAAGGAGGGUCAUUCUGUCAAAGGAAAGAUGCUGUUUUUGGACCAGAUGAAGAAGUUCAUUGAAUGGUUGCAGAAUGCUGAAGAAGAAUCUGAAUCGGGUGAGGAUGAUGAUUAAAUUGAACUUAACUUCUCAUUCACCAAGUAAAUACCCAACUUUAACAAAAUUGCCUGUGGUGUCCAUAGAGGAAAGUCAGCAGUACUCUCGAAUAUGUCUUCUGGUAGUGCAUUUUAUUUAUGGAUGGAGUGAACAGAAAGUAACAUUUCAGGACUUGGGACUUCACUAAAGUCUGUUACGAAGAAAGAUUUUUCAGAAAUCUACUACUGCAUUAAAUGUAUGAAAUUUAUUAAAUUUCAGUAGUGGUAUAAAGUGAAACAACAAGUGAGUGGUAUGUUCAUCUCUGACUGUACUGGUGCCUUAUCCAUCAACACUGAUUCGCUGGAUGCUAAUUGAGGUUAUUAGUGGUAUGUACUUGUGAGUAAGAGAAUAUUUUGAUUUCUUGUUGUCAUAGUAACGCUUCUUUAAUAAAGGAUCUGAGUCAUGUUUUUAGUAAAUUUGUGAUUUUAAAAAUGAAUUAAAUAAAAAAUCGUCAGAGAUGAGAAUACCCAGUAUUUAGAAUUAGCCAUCCAUACUUCGCCGUGCAGCAAGUUCUGAGUUUAUUCGAUCUUCUGUUUUUUUAUACAUACACAUAAAUAUAUAUACUUGUGUUUGCUAUGUGGCAUAGUGUUUCUCACAAAUUAUCUCUGGUGUAAGUUAUUAAGAAAGUGAACCAGUGUUUUUCAAAUAAGCUGCCAAAUAGAUAUACUUUUUGUAAAUGAAAUUUAUUUUAUCUACAUGAUUGAAAGUUUUCCCUGUUACCUCACAACUCAAAAUGAAUUAUAGAAACACCAUGUGAGCAUACCACGUGCAUAAUUUACCGAUGAUACUCAAGAGUGAAAUUGGUGGCCCCCUGAAAGAGAUGCGAGUCUUUGGAUCAUGAAAACAUAAAAUCCACAAGCUUUGUACUUUUUAUAGUGACAGGAAAUUUGGGGUAUGGAAUUGGUUUCAGGUUUUGUGUGUAAUCACAUUUGUAUGGGAAAAUAAAAAAGAUUAUUGAAAAGAC